UCUUCCGAGUUUGAAGAACGUGUCUGGUGAUGGAACCAUGGGGUUUAGUAUCAUUAAGGACUUGACUAAUAGACUGAGGCUAAACGUGCUAGUAGUGACUUUUCUUUUACAUUGAUAACAGUUAACCUACGUGUGCUCAAACAGACCUAACCUCAAAAUGUAAGCUAUAACAAAGACCAUGUUCAUGAAAUAAAUCUGUAGAAAAGAUCAAUAACAAGAACCUUUCUGCGCAUCUGAACAAUAGAUAUGUUCCCUGUCUUUUCCUUUUUCCUCUCACUUUGUACUUAUAAUUUGAACGUUCUCUUGCUUAUGAAUUACAUGUUUCCUUCUUUGAGUGCUUAUUUUUUUAUUACCCAUACUAACGGUAUAUAAAUUCCAAACGUAACUAUUUUUCUCCCCUUCCCCUUGCUCACUCGUCAAACACCCAAAACUUCUCCACUCAUUGUCUUUAGGGUUAUCAAACAUGCCUUGAUUCUGGUACUGGAUGAAAUUUCCUUUCUUCCACCCUCUCCUAGGCGAACUUUCUCGGAAGUCUUUCCUCUCCAAAAUAGGAAGUGCAAUCAAACACUGCCGCUAGUGUUUCUACCGCCAGCGGUGGUCGUUCUUCAUCCCUGGCCUCCCCAUUCCAUCACUGGGUGCUUCCUCAUAUCCGACGCAUAGCUCAAACGGAAUUUGGGGAGUUUUUCUAUUUCUAUUGAUAUGAUGGGUUCAAAAGAACAGCUGGCUGCUCCUCUUCAACAGCUUCCUCCUGUUGAUUUCUGUUGUGUCUAUGGGUCCUCCCUUCUUCCUUCAACACAAGACAAGAAGCCCAUGGUUGACUACAUUUUAGGAGUAUCUGAUCCUGAAGAAUGGCAUCUUAAGAAUCUGCAGAAGAAUAAAGACCAUUAUGCAUCCUGGACGGCAUUUCUUGGUCCAAGAACAAUCACACAAAUUGCUGAGCAGAUUGGUGUUGGAGUUCAUUUUAAUCCAUUUGUUCAAUGGAAGGACAAGGUGCUUAAGUAUGGAGUUAUCCGAAUGCAUGAUUUGGUUAAUGAUGUUCUCAAAUGGGAGAAGUUUUAUGUGAGUGGCCGUCUGCAAAAACCGGUUUGUAUUCUUGUGGACACUAUGGAUGUGGCAGAAUUAAAUUUGGCAAAUCUGAAAGCUGCUACUUCUGCUGCUCUGCUCCUAUUGCCCUCUGAAUUUUCUGAGGAAGAUUUGUAUGCCAAAAUUUGUAGCCUUUCAUACAUGGGUGAUCUGAGGAUGCUAUUUGCAGAGGACAAGAAUAAGGUAAAAAAUAUCGUUGGAGGAAGAUUUGACUCAUUUCGGUCAUUGUACAUGCCAACUUUGAAGGAAUAUGCAGUUGAUGGAUUGUUGACACUACCUUCCUCUAAUGACUCUGGUGGAACUAUCAUGCAGGACCAUGGCUUGUCUGCAACUCGCUCCCUUGUUUUUUCGCUUCCUCAAAGUCUUAGAAGACACAUGGGUGCAAAGUUAGGGGAGAAGCAUAGAUUGAGUCCAACAGGGAGGGUGAUACACGAAGUCAUAGUUCCUUCCAGAGCGGAGGCUUCUAAGUGCAUGCAGAAAAUAUUGAGACGGCAGGUGAUGGUUUCAAGUGCCAGACAGGCAGUGGCCGGGGUUUUGAGUGCUGGUGGAAUGAAUGCAGCACGCUAUCUUGCAAACAAGAUGUCCAAGGCAUGGAAAUCUCGGGUUUGAUGUCUGUUAACAUCUUCUGUGUUCUGCGUCCAAAUUUUGUUCAUGAUAUCAGGAGACCAUCUGUGCUAGUAUCUCCCCAACCAGCCGGACUACUCAUCUAGCAUACACGCUUUGUAAACGCACCUUUCCUUUUCUAGUUUUUGUUUAUCUGGGGUGAGUUUUCCUUUUCAACGCUCUAUUGGUAGACUUUCACAUAGCUGUUUGACUUCUCAAUGAACUGCACUGUUCCUCCUUUUUUUAUUUUUAGUCGUCAUUCCCUAAAUGUUCUAAAUGGCAGCAGCCAGCAAUCUAAAACAUCUAUCCUUAGAUCUCAUUGUGCUUCCUUUCCUUCACUGAGUUCAAGGAUUUUGAUUGUCAAUUGUGCUCA